AUGGAUUCGCUGCUAAAGUCCUUAUGGGCUUCCGUGUUGGAAAUCAAUGAGCACUAUGUUGAAGAAGAUGAUAACUUUUUCGAGGUUGGAGGCAAUUCAAUCAUCGCCGUCCGUCUUGCAGCUGCAGCUGAAAAAAUUGGAAUGUCUUUGCCUGUCACAGACAUUUUCCGCUAUCCCGAGUUCUCUGAAAUGGCGAGAGUGAUCAAAAUGUCCGAAUCACACUCGAAGAGGGAUACAGGUCCUUUUCAGCUCAUGGAGUCUUCGGGAAUAGAGACCACCGAGAUUCUGCAGCAGAUCAGCAAUGCCCAUCCUGAAAUCAAUCAGUUCUUGAUUGAGGAUGUUUACCCGAGCACUCCAUUACAAGCAGGAUUGAUGGUCGUCUCCACCAGACAACAAGGAAGCUACAUUUCUCAAUUUGUCUUCCGAAUUCCCACCGCAACCGAUCUGGAGUCUUUCCAGAAGGCCUGGGAUCAGGUUGUUGAGGCGGUUGAUACCCCCCGGACCCGAAUGGUCAAUCUAAGCAAUCCGGCUGGUUGUUUCCAAGCCAUUGUCAAAGAGAAAAUUCGAUGGCAUAAAGCCGUUGGCUUGCAGGACUAUCUCCAGAAGGACAAAGCUACAGCCAUGGGAUUCGGCGAUCCGCUUGUACGAUUCGCAAUCGUGUCUGACGCUACAAGCAACGAUCUUCAUUUUGUGUGGACGAUUCAUCACUGUAUCUGGGAUCGGUGGUCAGUUGAUUUGCUGUGGCAAAAGGUGGCUUCUGUAUACCACGGAGCCGACAAAGGAAGCAUAAAAGCCCCAAAAUACAGUGGCUUUGUCGCACACGUUCUCAACGCGAACACCUUCGAUCAUGAAAACUUUUGGAAGUCUCGUCUAUCCAAUAUCAACACCAAGACAUUCCCUCCAUUGCCUUACCAAAACUACCAACCAAAAACCAGCGCGUCUUCGAAGUACUCGACUACCAUCUCUCGCAGAGGUUCCUCAGAGGUCACUAUCUCUUCCAUAAUACAGGCAGCAUGGGCUUUGACGGUUGGCAAACAUUCGGACUGCGAGGAUGUCAUAUUUGGAACAGUUCUCAUCGGUCGAGACACACCCGCCAAGGGCAUCACUGAGGUGCUGGGACCAACAAUUGCAACGGUUCCGAUAAGAGCACAUUUGGAUUAUGCACGUAAUGCAGAAGAGUAUCUCAAGGAAGUACAGGUACAUGCCACAGAUGUGAUUCCUUUCGAGCACAUGGGACUCUCAAGUAUUAGCAAGCUGAACGAGGAUACAAAAGCUGCUUGUCAAUUCCAAAACCUCCUCGUCAUUCAACCUCAUAAGACUGGAGCCCAUCCACUUCAAUGGAGCCAAGUAAAAACCCACCAAGCCGAAGCUCAUCCGUACGGACUGGUCGUUGAAUGCACUUUGGGGGCAGAGCAAGAUACUCUUGAGAUUGAAGUUUACUUUGAUCCCCACCUUCUCUCAAACAUGGAAGUGGACAAUGUGGCACACCACUUCCAACAGGCUAUCUCCAGUUUGAAUGGCGAAUCCACCAAACAGCUCCUGGGCGACAUCGAAAUUUCUUGUCCCAAUGAUGAGUCGAACAUCGCGUCCUGGAAUAUGGGGGCAACUUCAAAUCCUGUCGAUGCUUGCAUUCAUGAAAUAUUCCAGCAGACUGCUCAGCAACAACCUGAUGCCCAAGCAAUUUGUUCCUGGGACGGAACACUUUCCUAUCGCAAAUUAGAUGAGCUAUCUACCAAGUUAGCACAAUCCUUAGCAGGGUGCUACGGAGUUGGUCCCGAGACAUGUGUGCCAUUGUGUUUUGAGAAGUCAUACUGGUCUGUUGUUGCUACAAUAGCAGUGCUCAAAGCGGGAGGUACUUUUGUCCCACUCGAUGCGUCACACCCCCAGACCCGUCUCUGUGAACUAGUCAAGGAUGUCAAGUCCCGGGUUGUACUUUCCUCGCCGCAAUUCUCGAAUCUUUUCACGGAAAGUGUGGCAGAGACUGUCCUCAGCAUCGACGAGCAGCACUUCGAUCAGCUGCAGAUCCCUCGGGACGACUUUGAAGUCGGCUAUGCCAACGCAAGCGGUAUUGCGUAUAUAAUCUACACCUCAGGGAGUACAGGAAAGCCUAAAGGAACCAUGGUAGAACAUGGGGCAUUUCUUUCAAGUUGGAAGGGUUUCUCAAAGUCCAUUUCUAUGAGCAAAUCUUCCCGCGUUCUCCAAUUUACCUCCAAUAGCUUUGACGCGAGUCUAGUGGAGACUUUGAGUACUGUUCUUUGUGGAGGAUGCAUUUGCAUCCCCAGCGAGGAUGAAAAAUUCAAUUCCUUGCCACAAGCCAUGACCCGUAUGAUGGUGAAUUGGAUGCUGUUGGUGCCAUCCUUCGCCCGAAUUUUGGAUCCCGCCUCCUUACCCCAUAUAAAGACGAUUGUUUUGGGAGGUGAAGCUGCCUCCGAAAAUGACUUUACACGAUGGAUAACACAAGGAGCUCAUGUCAUCAAUGCGUACGGCCCGACCGAAUGUUCCGUCAUCUCCGCCUCAAACAUGAACGUGGAGCCCGAGUCAGAUCCCACCAAUAUCGGAAAGGUAACGUGUGGAUCUUGCUGGGUCGUUGACAAGAAUAAUCACAACCGUCUUGCUCCAGUUGGUUGCCCUGGUGAGCUUCUUCUGGAAGGUCCUCAUCUAGCUCGUGGUUAUGUUCACAAUGAUGCAGCCACAUCUGCUGCUUUUGUUCAGAGCCCUUCUUGGGGAAAGGGCCGACGAUUCUAUAAAACAGGUGAUAUCGUUCGACAAAGAAUGGAUGGAAGCUUGUCUUUUCUUGGCCGAAAGGACAUGCAAGUCAAACUUCGCGGCCAGCGUCUUGAGCUGCCAGAAAUCGAACAUCAAAUCAAGCGUUAUCUUGGUAGCGAGGUGCAUGUGGCCGUCGAAAUUGCUACCGUCAACUCCUCCGUUGCCGGCGAAGAACAAAGCCAGCAUCUGGUUGCAUUUGUUCUCCCUACUCAAGGCUUGCUGCUCCACCGAUGCGAAUGUUUCGUUUGA